AUGAAAAUCAAUUACUUAAGGUUUGACAUUUAUUCUAGAUUUUCAAGCAAAAAUUCUUUUUUUCAGUUUCUUUGAACCGACCUUUACUUCGACGCAGUUCAAGCCCGAUAACAUUUUGCCGAAGGGAGUGCGGCUGGAGGAGAAAGAUGAGGUAACAUACUUCGGCUCAACCAAAAAAUCAAUUUUCAUUUUGAGGUUAUGUUGCCAACGUUGAUCCUGACGGACACAAUCUUUUUGAUUUAUCUGGUGGCUUUUGCUAGUGAACCGGGCUUCUUCGGUGAUUACGUGGGUGGCUUUUUUUGAUUCAAGAGGAUAGAAAUAGUUUAUAAAUGAUAAAUCGACUUGAGGGAUUUUUGAAAUUAUGAUCAAAUGAAUUUUCAAUAUUUUUCGAGUCUAACGAUUGCGCUGCAGGAAGGAUUUGAUUACGAGUGUUCGGUGUCCUACGUAGUCUUUGCCGGGUUGCUGAUCCUUGCCGCUUCUGGUUGUCGCAACCGUAAUCCACAUGUCAUCUUGCCUCUCAUGCUCGCAAAGGUUUAAUAUUUCCUUUUUGAAACAGAAAACCUGUAGAAAUAAGAAAUAAUUUUCAUUUUACCAGUUUUUUCAAACACAUCACCAGCGCAUCAAAGUAUUAUCUAAAAUGUCCAAACUAUGUUUAUCGAUUUUUUUGUACUGGUGUCAUGGUUUUAACGCAUUUGAGCCGCUGUUAGUGUGGAAUCUCUUUUUUUGCAUGAAUGAAUGACUCGAGGGAUAUUACCCAAAAUAUAAGACAAAUAAGAGUAGUGAAAAACGUGUACAGAUCAUUUAAAACUGACGAAAAAAUAAGUGAGGUUCGAUUUCAGGUAUUCUAUUUCCUUCUCUGCACCUCUAUGACCGGUUAUCAGAUGUAUUUGGCUCUUCGUGGAGGAUUCGAAGGUUUGGAUCUGGGAAAUCUAGAUUUUUUGAACAGUUACUUUUUACGGACGAACUGGAAAAAUAUCUUCGAUUUAUCUUUUUGAAACAGUUUUGAUCCAAAAUAAAAUUUUUUUUUGAUUUUCAUAUUCAAAAUGAUAAAUUUCUUCUGACGAAACGCUCCUUGAACGCAAAAAAAACUUUUUUGCUCCCCAUAACUUCCAGUUUUCAGGAGCGGACCAAUCUUGGAAGAAAAUCCUUCUGAUUGCUUUUCCUUACAUUGUCUACGCCUGGACGACGGCCCUUUUGUAUUGCGACGUUAUUUAUCGAUUUUUUUCAUCCAUCAAAUGGAAGAAAUGAUGACAAAAGAUAGUUCUAAUGAAAUUAUGGUGAGUUUUUCGUGAAUUGCUUCAAAAUUUAAACUUCUCAUAAUUAUGCAACUAUUUGAAAUAUGAUAGAUUUUUGCACAUAAAAAAAGGGUCAAGCUUUUCAAAAAAAAUGAACUUUUUUUCUGGACACUGUUUGAAUCUUUUUCAGGAAAUAACCGUCGUGCCGAACCGUUACUUCCCCGAACUUGCAAGGACAGUUGACUUCUCGAAUCCGUACAAUAUGGCAUAUUUUCAGUGA